GAGUCGUAGACAAAGCUGCGUGCCGGUGCCGUGCGAGUUUUAAUUGCCGGUUCUAGCCGGUUCCAAACUCGAGUUCCUGUGCCGUGGCGUUACUGAAUCGCUUUGACAAAGCGUCCUCAACUAUUUGCAAAGGAGGAGCUGCCGAGUAGGGUACACGAUAUGGCAACCGAUUCAAGGGCCGCCUUCAAGCCGGUUACACACGUGCUUUUUGACAUGGAUGGUCUGCUUCUGGACACAGAGUCGUUAUACACGGAGGCAACGCAACGGGUGACGCAGCGCUACGGCAAGGACUACACGUGGGAGAUCAAGUCGGCCGUGAUGGGCACCGCUGGGUCCGAGCCGACGCGCAUCAUCAUCGACAGGCUGCAGCUGCCGCUCACCGUGGAGGAGCUCGAGGCCGAGCUACACCAGAUGCACCGGGAACUCUUCCCCACGGCCCAACUCAUGCCUGGGGCCGAGAGGCUUGUGAAUCACCUCCAGCGAAGCAGGGUGCCCAUUGCCGUGGCAACCAGCUCAAAACGAGAUUCCUUUGAACUGAAGACGAGCCGUCACAAGGAGCUGUUUGCCAAGUUCCACCACAUAGUGUGUGGCGGCGAUGGCGCCGAGGUGGCACGGGGCAAGCCGCACCCAGACAUCUUUCUCGUGGCUGCUGGAAAGUUUGAGAAUGCACCUCCACCUGAAAAGGUUCUGGUGUUUGAAGACUCCCCCAAUGGAGUGCUGGCCGCCGUGGCUGCAGGCAUGCAGGUGGUCAUGGUGCCCGAUCCCCGUGUGGACGAAGGCUCUCGCAAGAGUGCCACGCUGUGCCUCAACUCCCUGGAAGACUUUAAACCAGAGUUGUUUGGUCUCCCACCGUACGACCACUGCAACUGAGGCACCAAUGUUCUUCUAGUCUCUAGGUUGUUCGUUGCAUUGUUAGUUUUCUUAAAACGGAAAGUCUCAAUGCGAGAAAUGUUAACCAUGGUGUUCGUACCAUCUGCCAUACUUUCCAAUUUACUACGGUAUAGUAGUAUAGGGCGCACAUUCUUUUUUUCCUUUCUGUCAGUAUGUCUUGUACAACGUGUUACGCAAUGUAUAACGCAUUGUCCGCAGUGUGUCUACAAUGUUGCCUACAAUGUGUCUAACACGUUUUAUACAAUGUAUAACACUGUAUGUCUCCGCGGCAGCUGCAUUUUCGAUGGAGGCGAAAAUGUUUGAGGCCCGCAUACUUAGAUUUAGGUGCACGUUAAAGAACCCCAGUUGGUUGAAGUUUCCGGAGAACUCCACUACGGUGUCUCUCAUAAUCAUAUCGUGGUUUUGGGGCGUUAAACCCCAGAUAUUAUUAUUAACACGGUAUGUCUCAUACAAUGUAUUUUAUUAUGUGCAAAAAUCAUGGGCACUCUGCAGUGAAUGCAAUCUUUUUUUUACUUUUCACAAGUAAGAUAAGUCAUGCACAGCAGCAUUCUUACAGAAAUCCACCCUCAAUUAUUAAUAAUUUCUGGAGUUUUAUGCGAAAAAACCACGAUACGAUUAUGAGACACACUACAGUGGGGUACUCUAGAUUAAUUUUUACCACCUGGUGUUAUUUCAACGUGCACCUAACUCUAAGCACACAGGUGUUCUUGCAUUCCACCCCCAUUGAAUCGCAGCUGUGACCAGCGGGAAUCCAACCUGUAUUCUCGAGCUUAGCAGAACAAUGCCUUACGUGCUAAACUACCACAUCGGAUAGAAAUUGACUCUUGUUUUAACAGCAGAGUGACUAUAGCAACAGGUGUCAGCUCCUUGCCGUGUUAGCAGUGCAGCAUUCACAGUAAAGGCUGCUAUCAUAUUCACACGUGUAUCCACACAGAUAUCCUACACAGUGGUCUACAUGGAUAUACAUGUGUGAAUAUGAUACCCUACACGGUGGUCUAACCCAAAGGUCGCAGGAUCGAAUCCCGGCCGCCGCGGCUGUAUUUUCGAUGGAGGUGAAAAUGUUUGAGGCCAGUGUACUUAGAUUUAGGUGCACGUUAAAGAACGCCGGGUGGCCAAGAUUUCCGGAGCCCUCCACUACGGCGUCUCCACUACACGGUGGUCUAGUGGUUAUGGCACUCGACUGCUGACCCGAAGGUUGCGGGAUCAAAUCCCGGCCACGGCAACUGCAUUUUCAAUAGAGGUGAAAAUGCUAGAGGCCCGUGUACUUAGAUUUAGGUGCACGUUAAAGAACACCAGAUGGUCUAAAUUUACGGAGCCCUCCACUACAGUGUCCCUCUAGUCAUAUUGUUGUUUUGGAACGCUAAACCCCAACAACUAUUGUCAUUAAUUAUUAUACAGUAAAACCUCGGUGAUACGAAUCUCGCGCGGUUACCAAAUAUAUUCGUAUCAUCUGAAAUUCGUAUCACCAGAAAACAUGGAAAAUUAAUAAGAAAGUUGGCAUACGUUUUGAUUUAGAGUUUCGCAGGGCCGUAGUGACAUCAUGAACAGCUCUGAAUGAUUGCCAGUAAAGUUUUUAGACGUCAACGCUCAUACUUGUGAUAGUAAAUGUACGGUGCAUGUACGCAUGUGUAAUCAAUGAACCAGAUGUGUUGUGCCAGGCACGUAGGCUAGGGGGGGGGCCCGGGGGGCCCGGCCCCCCCCCCCCCCCCCCAUCGAAAUUCGUCCGGCCAUCUAUAUUCCCGGGCAACUUUUGUUUUAUUUUUGCCAUGGAAAUACUUUCUUUCGAUUAGGCCUUGGGCCCCCCCCCCCCUCGAAAAAAAAUCCUGGCUACGUGCCUGUGUUGUGCCCUGUGACUGCUAGUAGCCCCUUCCUAAUCUUACUACGCCUUUCUGCAUGACACCAAAGCCCUGCGGCGAAAGUGACUUAAGAAGCGCUCUGCACGCGAUAGAUAGAGGCCAAGCUCUUUUGCCAAGACCGUCCGCUUCGUCUCUUGGGGUCUUCGUCCACGUUUCAUGGGACUUCAUGAUGGACCCGCAGCCUAAGUUUCAGUCUUGUUUCAUAUAACGUCUGAUUGCGGGGACAUGGCUUGCAUCGAUGUGGCAGGCACGUGUUAACGCAGUACAAAGACGCUGCUGCAUCGAGUACAGGAGCACACGUCAACGCGUCGAGAAAAAAAAAAAGCGCGACGUCACCGUCAUCUGUAAUCUAAACACGAAGGCGCAUAAAGGCCUCCAAGAGUCGCACGAACUAUCUCGGAGGCAAUGACGCACCGUUGAUGGUCGCGCAGCGCGAAUGCCCACGCCUGCACGUGACUGCUGCGUCUUCCGCCACAGCGCGCGCAGCACCUGUUUGUACCUGUGCGCUAGCGUACGUUCGUAUCAAACGUCGUGGGGUACAAACCGAUUCGCAACAACCGUACUCCAAUACAUUACAGGCUAAUGGGCAUUGGCCGGGACCAAAGAAAAAUUCGUAACACCCCGAAAUUCGUACGAGCCGUGAUCGUAUCACCGAGGUUUUACUGUACAGUAAAACCUCGUUAAUUCGAAGGCCUCGGGACCGAGAAAAAUAUCCCAAUUAAGCGGGAUUCCCAAUUAUCCGAAACAACGCGAAAUCAAAGAAAUCAGCCAGAAAACGUGAUGUACGGAAGUCACACCUUUAUUGUGGCAAGUCAGCCUACUUGGAGAAAAAUUCCUCCAUGCGUGACUGACGCGUUCGGUAGUUCCCAGCACUGGAAGUCAGAUUUUCCAGCCUGUCAAUGAGGCGCAGCAUCUCAGCCUCGCCGCCGUUGCACUCGACGAAGCUGCGCACAACACUCAAGGCAUCGAUGACAUCCGCCAAAGGGGGUGCUCGGGAGGGCUCGUCAUCGCUGUCAACAUUAGAGGCCGAAUCGGUCGAUCUCGCAGCUAUCUCGCUGUCGAUGUCGCCGUAACACGUCUGCACUGUGCACUCGACAUUUGCGUACUCGGAGAAUCCAAUUGGAGUGCACUCCUCGUCCGCGUGCAAAGCCUCAUAUCGAGCUUUUCGGCGAGAGCCGUUUUCGACGCCGUCGACUUGCUGGCCUCUUCAAUUAAGCACACCUUUUCGUGCAGGGACAAGCUCUUGUACUUCAGCAUCUUCCUUCCAAGCACACCUCAAUCAUCUAAUUCACAGGGAAGACACUCAAGCGGAGACAGGAGACAAAUGGAGCAGUCGCACCGAAUCGCACAAUGCUCGCCAGCCGACAUCCAAAUGGCACAAAGACUCCACAAAACAUUCACUUCGCUAGAGUGGCUAACAUCGCUGUUGAGAUGAUGAUGAUCAUGAUCGCAACCGCACGCAUCGCCGCCUGGCAAUUGCUAAAACAUGGCGUCUACGACGUAUUUCCGGUAAAAAAAACAUGGCCUUCGAGAUCCGUACAUCAAAAAAAAAAAUGCAUGUUUUAGUUACAGCCUCCGAGAUUCGCAACACCCUUUGUAUAUCUUGGAAGUCGCGGCCAAGUGUGCCAAUUAACCGGGAAGUCGCAGACUGGCCGCACCAAUUAUCUGGUUAAAUUUACAUGUAAAAAUUUGGGACCGCGCAAAUAAUACAAAUUAUCCGGGAUUCCCAAUUAACCGAGUACAAAUUACCGAGGUUUUACUGUAUCUGCACAGAUCCGUAACACUUGCAGAACGUGCACUUGCAGCAGCAAGGUGUGGCUACAAGUCUUAAACCCGACAUAAGGAGUAGCCUUUGACAGCAGGCAUCUCAAGUGCCCGACACCAGCGCUCAUUGGAAUCUGCAAGCUGACAUGCAACUUCGUCAACAGAGUGAUGAAGUCAGUGGAUCUGAGAAGGAGUGGGAACUGUGCAUUUUGUUUUGCUCCACACUGUUACCACACAUCAUCCAGUGUCCUGUAUUAAUGUGUGAAGCGAACGCCCCAGAGUAUUCGAAGGAACUUUGUGAAAUACUUUUGAGGAAGUUGCUCCAACCUUUGCCUUGAAAUUGGACUGGCAACGUCAGUGCAGCGGUUGAGUGGCUUUUAAAGCUGUCCAAAAACCACUGUCACAUGUUUUGAGGCUGUGAGGAGAGUUAACGAGAUUCAGUAAAGGUGUAAAAUCGAACAAAAUAAAAGAACAAUGCCAGGUGAAAGCCCUGACUUAGUAUUAAGUAAACCCAUGGUUUUUUUUUUCUCAUUUUAUUCUCACUGUUGGAAUUCAACAUGGAGUUAAAGUUACAGUCUGGGAAAUUCCCAAGUGGCUCAAAUCAUCUCUAUGAGAUUGUCACGCACAUGUUAUAAGCAUUAGUUCAUGGUGGUGGUGUGUGGUACUUUAUCGUAUGUGCACUGUAAAAAUGUUUGGAGAACGGAAAUGGUAUUAUCUUAUUUGAUAUUAAACUGUGGCAGCGGCA